CAUUCUGGGAUGUGCCGUCUUCUCCCGCGAUAUAGGCCGGAGCCCUUUACAAAAAGCCCGCCCGGCCGUGGCGAUCCCUUUCCUCCGCCUGCCCCGGAUGUAUUUCUGGGAGAGGGGCGGGGUGAGGGAGGGUGCGAAGGGGCUCGCCUGGGCGAGGGGUCGGAGGCUACCGGGGAGAAGCGCCCGCGAGGGUCCUUGAGGGGGCGGUGCCAUGUUUGGCUGCUUGGUGGCUGGGCGGCUGGUGCAAACAGCUGCUCAGCAGGUAGCACAAGACAAGUUUGUCUUCGAUUUGCCCAACUACGAAAGCAUCAACCAUGUGGUGGUCUUCAUGCUGGGGACCGUGCCUUUUCCCAAGGGCAUGGGCGGGUCGGUCUACUUCUGCUACCCCGACGAGACCGGGGUGGCCGUGUGGCAGCUGCUGGGAUUUGUUACAAAUGAGAAACCGAGUGCCAUCUUCAAAAUUUCCAACCUGAAAUCUGGGAAGGGCAGCCAGCAUCCUUUUGGAACCAUGAAUCUCCCUCAGACGCCCUCAGUAGCCCAGAUUGGGAUUUCCGUGGAACUGCUGGAUCUCUUGGCUCAGCAAACCCCCGUGGCGAAUGCUGCUGUGUCAUCAGUUGAUUCGUUCACCGCGUUCACCCAAAAGAUGCUAGACAAUUUUUAUAACUUUGCUUCGUCGUUUGCCGUCACGCAGGCCCAGAUGACUCCAAACCCCUCUGAAGCUUUCAUCCCUGCCAAAGUAGUUCUGAAGUGGUACGAGAAUUUCCAAAGACGACUGACUGAGAAUCCUUUCUUUUGGAAAACAUAAUCUUAAGUUGAGCUGCUUGACACGCACCGUAAGAACAAUUGAGUCCUAAAGAUCAAACGGAAUGAACUGACUAAGAAAACUUGGAUGGCGUCCCGCGAGCCCAAGCGGAUUGGAAAAUGCAGUUUUUGUCACACCUUUGGGACUUCAUUUAAAAUUAAAGGGCUUGAAAGUGGGUUGUUAUAGGUUGGAGCUUUUGUUAUUGUUAAAAAUGCUGAGCUGCGACAAGAACAAUUGGAUUUUUUGGCAUACAUAAAAGUUUUGCUGUUGCGCCCUCAAGGC